AUGGCUCGCAAGAAGGUGAAUCUCCAGUUGAUCACCAACACCUUGUCCCGGCGUGCGACAUACAAGAGGCGCUGCCAGGGCCUGAUGAAGAAGGCCAGCGAGCUGGCGGCACUUUGUGGUGCCAAGGCAUGUGUUGUAGUGUACGGCGAGAGUAAGGCCCAGCCAGAAGUGUGGCCGUCUUACCAGGAGGCCAGACGGCUCCUGAUAAAAUACAGGGACAUGCCGGAGCAUCAGCGUUUCAAGAAGGUGGAGAAUCAGAAGGACUUCCUCGGCAGCCGCGUCACCAAGCUCCGUGGCAUGGUGAACAAAUCUGAGAGUGAAAAUAACAAGCGUGAGAGUUUUGACAUCCUCCACGAGAGGAUGAACGGAGGGCGCCCGGGCCUCUUCGGCACCAGCACUGAGGAGCUCACCAGACUCCAAAAAAUAGUGAGCGAGAGGAAGAGUCAGGCUAAAGAACGUCUCCUAGAGCUUGGUGCCGGUAAGGGACAGGGAGCACCCCUGGAGCCCCGAGUGCAGCUGCUGCCAGGGUCCUCCUCCCAGCCACAGGAUCCCAACACCCAGCAGCCCCAGCCCCAGCAUCCCCCAAACGGUGCGGUGCUCGGCACCUUACCUUCCAGUGCCUUCCCUGGUAGCAGCGGUGGCUGUGCCAGCCCCAGCAGCACCGGGGGCGACAUGAUGCAGCCUUACAGUCCAGGGUGCUACUCAGAGUUCCCAUGGACAUGGGAAUGGAGCACUUUCCCCCCCAUGGAAUGA